AUGACCAUUCGAGAUGCAUCCCACCGAGGGAUGGGAGAUCCCUCGAUGCUGGAAAAGAUUGAUUCCCUGUUUUCUUGUGGUGCCGGCGAGCGCAUCAAUAUCCCACAAAUCAUCGUCGUGGGCGACCAGUCUUCUGGAAAAAGCAGUGUUUUGUCCGGACUCCUGAGGAAAGACCUCCCGAGAGACAGUGGACUCUGUACUCGCUUUGCUACGAAGAUCGUUUUCCGAAGAGCCACUGAAGUUGGUGUCCGCAUGUUCAUCAUCCCUGACGAUAACGCAUCGCCAGAGCAUCGUGCACAGUUGGAAGUCUUCGGGGAGGUCAAGUACGACAGCCUCGAUGACUUUGAUCUGCAAGAGAUUAUGAGAGAUGUACAACUGGCGAUUGGUAUUGCUGGCCCAAGUGAAGACAACACGACUAAGCCAACUUUCUCUGGGGAUGUACUGCAACUCGAAAUAUCAGGCCCAGAGGAAGAGCACCUCAGCGUGAUCGACGUUCCAGGCAUCUUUAGAGACCACACUCCCGGCUUGACCACUAGAGACGAUAUCAAGUUUGUCAAAGACAUGGUCUUGAAGUACAUGGCCAACCACCGUUCGGUGAUGCUGACCGUUGUCACGGCCAAUGUCGACGUUGCCACACAAGAGAUUUUGCAACUGGCCAACGAAGCUGAUCCAGACGGUCACAGGACUCUUGGAGUGUUGACCAAGCCUGACCUAGUCGAUCCCGGUGCCGAAAAUCGGGUCAUUGCCCUUGUGCAAGGAGUCGCUCGUCCAAUGAAGCUGGGAUGGCACAUACUUCGCAAUCCAGGACAGCUGGACAUUGAAAACCAUGCCUACGACCGGCGACGCCAAGAACAAGAUUUCUUUCUAAAGUCGCCAUGGAACUGCCUGGACGAGGAUAGUUGGGGGAUUGAGUCCCUCCGCUACCGGUUGAAGGAGGUGUUGUCGGGGCUCGUGAGGAGAUCAUUCAUCGACGUCAAGACUGAUGUGCAAAGAGAAUUGGACGUCACCGAGCAGAAGCUCAUGGCCCUCGGGCCCGAGAGAAAAAGUCGCACAGCGAAAGCCGCUUUUCUCACAGAGCUCGCCACGAAGUUUCAGCAGCUGGUUGACUCUGGCCUCGCCGCUAACUUCGGGGCCAACCGUCUUUUCGAAGAACACAAAGCACUGAAAGUGGCACCUGCAGUAAUCCUCCGUAUGGAGCAGUUCAGGAACGACAUGCUGCAAUGGGGGAACAUGUACAUGUUCGAAACAACAAAAGAUGCCCAAAGCAGCGACCAUCAGACGAAGGCUAUUGGACGUGGGACGAAAGACCUCAAAGUCAGAAAGCGAGCCAAUUGUCACGAUGGCUUGAAAGAUCUACUUUGUGCUUCUGACGUGAUCUCGCGCAGAGACGAGGACAAAUCCACAACUGAAUGGCUACAUCAGCUGCAUAAGGACAAUCGAGGAUUCGAGCUCGGCACUUUUGAUCCCGUGAUUCUGGCGUCGGCAAUGAAGAAGCAGACCACAAAUUGGAAGGUCAUCAGCCACGGCUUCAUCAGCGACAUUAUCACCAUUAUCCACAGCUUCAUCGGCACAGCGUUGGCAGACCUUUGCCAAAACGAUCGGCUCGAGGCUGAGCUAUACAACAUUGUCUUCGACGAGGCCAUGACGAGAUACAAGAGAGCCUUCGAACAGCUCAAAUUCAUCCUCACAGUCGAGCUGGAUGGCACACCAAUGACACAGGAUCCCCACUUUUUGGACCGUUUGGACAAGAGUCACGAGCACAGGUACCAGGAACGCUUUCACGAAAGCGCCAUCGACGAUACACGAUACGGGCUGAUCGUGAGACUGGACGAGAUGUCGCUCAAACGAUCAACGAGCAACGAGCAGCAUGUCAUCCGCGACAUCCACGAUAUCCUGCACUCCUACUACGACGUGGCCAGGACGAGAUUCAUCGACAACGUCUGCAAGCAGGCCGCAGACUUUUUCUUGGUCAACGGUCCUGAUACGCCGUUGCGGGUGCUGUCACCCGUGUUCGUCAGUCGCCUCACGGACGACAAGCUGGAGCAGAUCGCUGGAGAGGAGGCUCAGGUGAGACGGCAGAGGGAGAAGCUUCAGAAGGACAUAAACAGUCUCACGGAGGCUAUGAGGAUCUUGUCUUGA